AUGGAAUAUUAAAACAAAAAUGAUUAAGUAUAUAUAGAAGGUGAAUUGCAAAAUGAAUUUGAUAUAUCUCCAAUUUUGAAGAGAAGAUCUUGCACUUCACCUAAAAACUUAAUUAGAAUAGAUAAUAAAAACUAUUAAUAGGAAGAUUAUGAAGUAUUAAAUAUAUAAAACUUUGAUGAUUAAUAAUAUUAAGUAUUUGUUGAACAAACUACUGAUAAAAAUAAAUCAAUGUAAGUAAUAUAUAUUUAAUAUUAGAAUAACUAGAUAAUUUACAAAUGAUAAUUCUACAUUAAUAAGUAAUUAAAGUAUUAAAUAUUUUUUGUAUUAAAAUUGUACAGAAUAUAGUAGAUAAAAUCCAUAAGAUGCAUGGGAUUUCAUUUAUGUAAAUGUAAUAUUUAAAGAUGAAAAAGAUAAUAAUCAUACAUUUCCAUUUUAAUUUACAUAUUCAUGUAAUGAAAACUAUAAUUUUAUAACUUUUGAUUGGAGUUUGAUUAUAUUGAUAUCAAUAAGUAUGAUGUUAAUGGCUUUAUUGACAAGAUUUUCUAGGAUUAUGUCAUUUAAUCUUAAAUUAUAAAGUGGAAGAUUUUAAGGAUUUAAGAUUGAUACAAAAGUUACAUGUUUUUAUUUUGUAAUUUAUAGCAUUGGAUUUUUUUUCUUUCUUAAUUCAAAUUAUGUUGAAACACUAGGAUUUGUAGUAAAGAUAUCUACAUAUUUAAUGGGAUUUUCAUGUUCAUUGUUUAUAAUUGAUGAAGUAUUAUCUAAAUAAUAAUAGGCCUUAUGUUUAUCUCCAGAUGGAUCAUUUUGGAAAAGAAAGAUAUUAUAUAAAAUAAGAUUAUGUGAAGUAUUAUCAUUUAUAUUGGCAUCUGCAUUCAUGACUUUAUAUAUAUUUACUAAUGCAUGGUAUUUGAGUGAUUUAAUAUCAAUAUUUAUUAUGUCCACAAUAGCUAAACUAUUCAAAUUUAAGAAUCUUAAGAACACUUUUUAUUUUCUAUUAAUAUGUAUAUUAUUGGAUGGAACAGCAGCAAUUGUUAUCUAUUUUACAACUAAAUAAUCUUAUAAUUCAUUAACCUUAAAAAUAUUAAAUUGUCCAAUUGAGUUAUAAUUACCUUUACUUCAAUUAUAAUAUGAUCGGAGUUGUGCUUGGAUUUCUUUAUUCAGUAUAGCAAUACCUGCCUUAUAUAUGGGAUUUACAUAUAGAUUUGAUAAAAAUAAACGCACAUUUUAAUAUACCAUAUUUACUGGUAUGAGUUUGAUAAUUGCAUAUAUCAUUUGGAUAACUACAACUAUAGUUUAAACUUAUUCUAUUCCAUCUAGUAUAUUUAUUUAUCCAUCUAUUCUUAUUGGAACAUUCUUAGUGGCAUCAAAAAGAAAUGAAAUCUAAUCUAUUUGGGAUGCUCAGUUUUUUGAUGAAUUCUUGGAGAAAACAUAUCGAUUAUCCAAUAUUCAAGAAUAAUAUGAUAAUUCUAAUAAUUUAAAUUUAUUGGAUGGAUUAGAUCAAUAUCCAGAUGAACAAUAAACCUAAAGUAAGAUUCUAAGAUGA